CUCCCCCAGGCUCCCUGAGGCUCCUUCCUCCAGUUCCCUCCUUGGAGCCGGCCCUGAACUUGGGGAUGGAUUACAGGGCUCCCCGCAGGCUCCCCGUGGAUCUGCCCUAUUACCACGGCCCUCUGUCCAAGAAAGACUGUGAGGCCCUGCUGCUGCAGGACGGGAUGGACGGCAACUUCCUGAUAAGGGACAGCGAGUCCAUGCCGGGAGUCCUGUGCCUCUGUGUCUCGUUUAAAAAUUUUGUCUACACAUAUCGAAUCUUCAAAGACGGACGUGGGUUUUACAAUAUACAGACUGUGGAAGGUGCUCCCCAGAUGCUCUUUUCAAACCUAAAGGAAUUGAUCUCCACCUUUGAGAAACCAAAUCAAGGGCUGGUGGUUCAGCUUAGACAUCCAAUAAAGCAAGCCGGCUCCCGCCCGCGUUGGAGAAGGUCACAGAUACAGUUGGAUAGUAUUUACGAGAACAGUAACAGCGACUAUGUGGAGGUCUUGCCUUGAAGACAAGGAGACUGAGCAAAGCAAUUAGACAAGAGAUGGGGUGACAGCUCUCGUCGGCAACCCUACUUCUCCUGCAGGUGUAGAUCUGGAAGACUGAGCUCUAGGGGACAAUUCAGACUCUCCUGGUCUGGGUGACUGAGGACAGUCUGUCUACCAGCCUCAGAGAAAUCGGUCCCCACAUCCCUGCCUCGUAUGCAUACACCAUGAGCAGCUUUGAAACUCCUUCCCUCCUCUCACGCUUCUUGCUUGGAAUAGGACAGCCUGAACCUAUUCUCCUUAACUUACUAGAGAUGACAUGACAUCAUGGUUGACACCCUCCUGCAGACCAGGCACAGCUUCAUACAAAAGAGAGUACACUUGGCCAUGCGUUAGGAGCCUGAGUCCCAGUCCUAUGGCUAUGUGACUUUGGAGAAAACUCUAACCCUGUCUGGGGUCUCCACUUCUUCAUGUGGAAAACAAAUUCAUGUUCCUACCUCUCUGCAGAGCCUGGAUGUGUUGGGUGGAGUGGAGGAGUCCUGGGGUCAUGGAGAUGGACAUGGGAAGGGUUAAGAGCUCUGAGUCCCAGCCUCCCAAACAGCCAACAUGGUCUCUGCUCCUGCCUGUCCUGUCGGUCAUGGAGGGGCACUGACCUCCCAACUGCCCUUCUCCCAUGCCAUUCUAGCUCUUCUCCUUCUCCUAAUCUUGAUUUUCCUGCCAGACAUGUGCACAGAGACACUUUCUCCCUGGUUUUGUCCAGUUUCAUUUGUGCACCAACCACUGGAGCAGCAUGGAUAUAAUUCAGUACCGCAGUGAUAUCUGUGGGGAUUUAAAAGAUAUUCUCCUUUGUGUGGUUCCUGUUCCCAACUAGUUUUAAGUGCCAACAAAACCCAGUGGGGCCUCCCUUGUAUUCCCCAGCAUGGAAACUUGUGCUGUGUAGAGCUGUGCCCAUUUACAGGAUUUUGACUGAAAACACAGUCCCAAAGGACUUGUUGAAUUUGUUCUAAGUCCUUUGCAUUUUUCUUCGAGUUAAAAAUUUUAAUGAAGAGCUGAUUAAUGUGGAACGUUCCAGAUUCUAUGCCCAUUCUUUGACCCAUCUUCAAACUAUAGUGAUUCAUUUUACCCUACUGGACUUAUCUCCCAAAGUUAUUAAAGAGAGGAACUCUAGAUUUCCAGACAACAUGAACAGACAUUGUGGUUGGCGUCCCAAAGUGGGAGCCAUUUUGAGUCUUGGGCCACAGAAAUCCAUAGCUGCUACCAAGCAGGAAGAAGUGAAAUGCAGCCACCAUAUUCAGAGAGCCCAAGGGAGGCAAAUCCUUCCAGUUGUUUCAGUAAGGGAGACUGGAAGCAAGCUUGCUCCCCAGGGUUGGAUCCCCGGUCUUUGAUUCUAUAUCCGUGGUACAAAGAAGCAUGUUCCAGUCUCCUGAGUCCACAGGAACCUUUGGGACAGGAAAUAUAUUCAGUGCCAAUGAAAAUAUAUUUAUUUCUUGGACAGAUGAUCGAAUAAAUCAAUAUAUAUAAUGUAGGCUCUCAUUCAGGAUAACAGAGAUCUAUAUGAGCUUUAAAUAUUCCAGUAGAACAAGACUCUUAGUUCAAGACCUUUCAGUCAUAACCCUGACAAAAGUGGUUUCCUUUUUCUGAGCUCCCAUGAUAGUGCCUUACGAGAUGCCUGGUCCCCAGCGGGACUUCAGCACACUUCUCAGACGAACAAGGCACAUUCAGUAGCUGAUGUUGAUGUCAUGCGGUAAAUCACUGAGACUUUUUAGGAGACCCUGAACAGGUUGCAGGAAGAAGAGCUGAAAAAUCUGGGCACGUGGGACUGGAAGAGGGAAGAUGUAACAAACCACAACAGCAGGUGUGUUGAGCAUCUGGGGCGCUCUUCUGUGACAGAAGGUACGGCACCAGGCGGCAGAACUCACACUAGUGGCUGGGUGUUUAGGGGAGGGUGAUGUUGGCCAUGCAUCAGAAGGAACUCUGAGCCCACGAGAGCCUUCUUCCUAUGAAUAGCCUACCCUGUGUUGUAGUCUAGUGGAGGGUGAUCUUUUCCAAGAAUACGCGAGAGAUGCAGAAAUCAGACUGCCUGCCUGCUAAGGUACCUUCCAAUUUAGGGACCACUGGAUCCUACCGCCAUCUUUCCACAAUUGCGGUGGGAAUGUCUCCCCUGUCUUUCUUUUGGACUCAAGUAUGGAGAAUUGAGUUAGUCACUUUCCUUAGUUUUUAACUCAUUAUCACCAUCAAUCCAUACAAGACCUUUCUUCUGUUUUGUUUCAUCUUUAUUCACUUUGUCCCUAAUUCUCCUUCCAGUGCUCACACCCUCCCCCCUAGGAAGCAGCUCAAUAGUGUUUGAUAUAUGCCCUUGACAUGUAUGUAUACCCUCAUAGAAUGUACAGCAUUGGUUGUAAAUAUGUAUCUUCUUUACAUGCACAAUAUUCUCUUGUUCCCUUUGUGUUACUAGUUUUUUCACUCAAUACCAUGUUUGGCCCUCAUCUGUAUUGUUGAGUGUAACCGAGUAUCUUAAAGGAUGCAUGGUAGUCCAUAGUAUCCUUUCCUGAUGAGAUAAAUACUGGGGUUGGUUCCAGAAACAAUACUAUGAGGAGCAAAUGUGAAUGAGUCUCCCUACAGAAAUAUAAGAGAAUUUCUCUGAGCCAUCUGGUCAUACAGUGUGUUCAUGGUUAAUUAUGCCGUCACCAAACCCACCAAGUGCUUUUUGACUCUUGUUUAAGAAACCCUUCCCCACUCCAAGAUCCUGAAGAAAAAAAAAAAGUUUACAUUUCCUUUUACUGGCUUUUAUACAUUUACCCUCUGCAGUUAAGGUUUUAGUGAUGGCAAGGGCUUCUGUAUUUUUUUCACGGACACAUUCCCAGGAAUGAGAAAAGCCCUUCACACAUAGUGGUGUUCCAUAAAUGCUUCUUGAAUGAGGGUUGAAUCAGGGCCAACCGUUGUGUAUGGUAAGAGGUAUUUCCAACUUUGUAUUUUUCCAUACAUAUUAAAGUCGUUUUCCCACUUCACCCCUGCUUCAUAAAUAAUUUCUCCCUCUGGUUUAUGGUUCCUCCUUUGUAACACAAGGGUUUGAAUCCUUUGACUUUACAGCAUCUUAUUGUCUUGGAGGACAGGUGCCCUCUCUCAUUUUUCAAACCGAGUUAUUUGUGGACCUUGGUUCCUCCAUAUA